AUGGAUUUCGCUCUGGAGCCUUAUGAGGAGGCCGCUUCCUCCUCGUGGUUGAUAUGCAACACCUGUGGCACGCAGUUUCCCACUGCUGAUCGCUCCGCUGUCAAGACGUGCUAUGUCUGUGACGAUCCUCGCCAGUAUGUCCCCCCCACGGGCCAGUCUUUCACUACCAUGGCCGAUAUUCGCGCCUCGGGACAUGUGAAUGAGUUUGAUGCCUAUAAGCAUGACGAUCGUGUCACCUCCAUUCACACGGUGCCGCGCUUCGCUAUUGGGCAGCGGGCCAUCCUGAUCCGCACUCCACACGGCAACAUCCUGUGGGACUGUAUCACGUAUUUAGACGCAGAGACGAUUGAUAAGAUCAACAAGCUUGGGGGACUCAAGGCCAUCGUCAUCAGCCAUCCUCACUUCUACAGCUCGCACAUCCAGUGGGCGAGAGCGUUCCAAUGCCCCGUGUAUACUUCAUCUGAAGACCUGCGCUGGACAACCACCCCAUCCGCCCACCGCAAGCCUCUCACUGAAAUCGAGACGGACAUUCUGCCUGGGGUCAAAGCUAUCAAGCUGGGCGGGCAUUUCCCCGGAUCCUCGGUGGUGCUAUUUGACGGGCGGCUCUUCACUGCAGACACGCUCAUGGCGACGCCAGCAGGCAUCGGGAAGUGGGAUGUAGACGCCCUGGGAGGCAAGCGGGAGAAGCCGCCUGGGCUGAACUCGUUUUCAUUCCUCUGGAGUUUCCCGAAUAGUAUCCCCCUGCCCGCGGAUGAGAUACACAGAAUGUGGGGGAUUCUAAAGGCAUACAAUUUCAGGUCAACGCAUGGCAUAUUGGUAGGAAUGGAUAUUGAGGAUGAAAAGAUAAAGGACAGGGUGUUGGAGAGUAUGAAAAUCCAGACAAGGGCCAUGGGCAAUGGGUAUGAUCGUCUGAUUUAG